AUGGACGACAAAGCCCAGCGUCGCCCGCCUUCUGGCGCCUCCAAAUCCACCUUGACCUCGCAAUAUCUAAUAGCAUACAAUGCCGUCUGCCUCGCCCUCUGGUCCACCGUGACCCUUCGAGCCGCCCUCCUCAUUCCAACGCUCCUCACGUUCGGUAAACUCGAGAACCUCUUCGAAGCACUAUUCCCGCUGUUAAAAUGGACUCAAACGAUCGCUUUGUUAGAGAUCGUCCAUGCUCUAGUUGGUCUUGUCCGCGCGAGCCCUCUCACAACAGCGAUGCAAGUGGCUUCUCGCAUACUGGUAGUCUGGGUGGUGCUGGAGCUGUUCCCUCAGAUUGUUCUCACAACGAACAUCUACGGCCGCUCUGCACCAGGCUCGACUACCGGUCCGAUCGCAUUUGCAGGGAUCAUCACAGCAUGGGGAAUCACAGAAAUCAUACGCUACGGAUUUUUCGUGUGGAAGGCGGCAAUUAGCGAGAGAGUACCUGCUUCCUUGACCUGGCUGCGGUACAACACCUUCUUUGUGCUGUAUCCGAUCGGCAUUACGAGCGAGUGUUUGCUCAUGUACCUCGCCCUCACGCCAGCGCAGGAACAAGGGAAGAACAUAGAUUGGUUCCUCAAGGCUACACUGGGGAUAUAUGUACCGGGAAGUUAUAUCCUGUACACGCACAUGAUGAGACAGAGGAGGAAAAUCUUGAAAGGGAAAGGAAAAUCUGCAUAA